AUGUGGGCCGGGAGAGUGUGGGCGUGGGAGACUAAGGGCGUGGGAGUGUGGGCGUGGGAGAAGUGUGUGGGUGGGAGACUAAGGGCGUGGGAGUGUGGGCGGGAGAUGUGGGCGGAGACUAAGGGCGUGGGAGGUGUGGGCGUGGGAGAGUGUGGGCGGGAGAAUAGGGGGCGUGGGAGGAGGUACAGCAACAGGAGGUACAGCAGUGGGAGGUACAGCAACAACAGGAGAGUACAGCAGCAGGAGAUUACAGCAGCAGCAGGAGGUACAACAGCAGGAGAAUUCACAGCAGUGGGAGGUACACAACAGCAGGAGUACAACAGGAGGUACAGCAACAGGAGGAUUCUACAGCAACAGGAGGUACAGCAGCAGAAGGUUACAACAGCAGGAGAUACAACAGCAACAGGAGGUACAACAGCAGGAGGUACAACAACAGUCAACAACAGGAGGUACAGCAGCAGGAGGUACAGCAGCAUAAUUACAGCAACAGGAAGUACAACAGCAGGAGGUACAGCAGCAGGAGGCACAGCAGCAGGAGAUGCAACAGGAGCACAGCAGCAGGAGGUUACAGCAGCAACAGGAGUGCAACAACAGGAGAGUACAGCAACAGGAGUUGGCAACAGGAGGGUACAGCAGCAGGAGGUACAGCAACAGGAAGUACAGCAACAGGAGGUACAGCAACAGGAGCACAGCAGCAGGAGAUGCUGCAGCAGGAGUGCAACACAGGAGGUGCAACAGCAGCAGGAGUGCAACCAACAGGAGAUGCAACAGCAGGAGGUACAGCAACAGGAGGCACAGCAGCAGGAGAGUACAGCAGCAGGGGUACAGCAACAGGAGGUACAACAACAGGGAAGGUACAGCAACAGGAGGCACAGCAGCAGGAGUGCAACAACAGAGCACAACAGCAGGAGGUGCAGCAACAGAAUUACAGCAACAAGUACAGCAGCAGGAGGUGCAACAACAGAAGGUGCAGCAGCAGGGAGGCACAGCAACAGGAGCACAACAGCAGAAGUACAGCAGCAGGGAGUACAGCAGCAGGAGGUACAGCAGCAGGAGGUAAGCAACAGAGAAUUACAGCAGCAGGAGGCACAGCAGCAGGAAGUACAGCAACAGGAGCACAGCAGCAGAGUGCAACAGCAGGAAGUACACCAGCAGGAGUACAGCAGCAGGAGUACAGCAACAGGAGGUACAGCAGCAGGAGAUGCAACAGCAGGAGGUGCAACAGCAGGAGAGUACAGCAGCACAGUGCAGCAGCAGGAGGUACAACAGCAGGAGGAACAACAGCAGAAGCAGGAGUGCAACAGCAGGGAGGUACAGCAACAGCAGGAUUCCAGCAGCAGCAGGAGAUACAGCAACAGAAGGUACACAGCAACAGGAGUACAACAGCAACAGGAUACAGAAGCAGGAGGUACAGUAGCAGGAGUACAGCAACAGCAGGAGAUACAGCAGCAGCAGGAGUACAGCAACAAGAAGGUUACAGCAACAGGAGGUACAACAGCAACAGGGAGGGUACAGCAACAGCAGGAGGUACAACAGCAACAGGAGGAUUACAGCAACAGCAGAAUUACAGCAACAGAAGGUACAUCAGCAGGAGAGGUACAGCAACAACAGAAUUACAACAGCAGAAUUACAGCAACAACAGGAGGUACACAACAACAGGAGGUACAGCAACAACAGGAGGUACAGCAACAACAGGAGAGUACAACAGCAGCAGGAGGUACAACAACAGAGGAGUACAGCAGCAGGAGGUACACAGCAGCAGGAGCAGCAGGAGGUACAACAGCAGGAGGUCAACAGCAGCAGGAGGUACAACAACAGCAGGAGGUACAACAGCAACAGGAGGAGGUACAACAGCAGCAGGAGGUACAACAGCAACAGGAGGCUAACAGCAACAGGAGGUACAACAACAGAAGGUACAUCAGCAGGAGAUACAACAGCAGCAGGAGGUACAGCAGCAACAGAGAGGUACAACAGCAACAGGAGGUACAACAACAGCAGGAGGCACAGCAACAGGAGAAGAUACAGCAGCAGGAGUACACAGCAGGAGGUGCAACAGCAGGAGGUACAACAGCAGGAGCACAGCAGCAGAGGUACAGCAACAGGAGGAUACAGCAACAGGAGGUACAGCAGCAACAGAAUUACAACAGCAGAAGUCAACAACAGGAGGUACAACAGCAGGAGGUACAACAGCAAGGUACAGCAACAGGAGGUACAGCAGCAGGAGGUACAGCAGCAGGACACAGCACGGAGAACAGCAGCAGGAGGGAGGUACAGCAGCAGGAGGUACAGCAGCAGGAGGCACAACAACAGGAGGCACAGCAGCAGGAGGCACAGCAGCAGGAGGUACAGCAGGAGCAACAGGAGGUGCAACACAGGGUACAGCAGCAGGAGGUGCAACAACAGGAGGUACAGCAACAGGAGGUACAGCAACAGGAAAUUACAGCAACAGGAGUGCAACAGCAGAAUAGCAGGAGGUACAACAGCAGGAGAUUACAGCAACAGGAGGCACGGCAGCAGCAGGAGUGCAACAACAGGAGGUACAGCAACAGGAGGUGCAACAGCAGGAGUACAGCAGGAGGAGGAGUACAGCAGCAGCAACAGGUACAGCAACAGAAAGUACAGCAACAGGAGUGCAACAGCAGCAGAGGUACAGCAGCAACAGGAUACAACAGCAGCAGGAGGUACAACAGCAACAGGGUACAAGCAACAGGAGGAGAAUACAACAGGAGUACAGCAGCAGGAGUACAACAGCAGGAGAAUUACAGCAACAGGAGGUACAACAGCAACAGGAGGGUACAACAGCAACAGGAGGUACAGCAGCAGGAGGUACAACAACAGGAGGUGCACAGCAGCAACAGGAGUACAACAGCAAAGGUACAGCAGCAGCAAGGAGUUACAACAGCAGGAGUACAACAGAGAUUAAGCAACAGGAGGUACAACAGCAGAGGUACAGCAACAGGAGAAUUACAGCAGGAGGUACAGCAACAGGAGGUACAGCAACAGGAGGUACAGCAACAGGAGGUACAGCAACAGGAAGUACAACAACAGGAGGUGCAACAGCAGGAGUACAGCAACAGGAGGAGUACAGCAACAGAAGGUACAACAGCAAGAGAGGUACAACAAGGUACAGCAGCAACAGGAAUUACAACAGCAGGAGGAGUACAGCAACAGCAGGAGGUACAGCAACAGGAGGAGGUACAACAGCAACAGGAGGUACAACUAAGCAGGAGGUACAGCAACAGGUACAGCAACAGGAGGGUACAACAGCAGGAGGUACAGCAAGCAGGAGAAUUACAGCAGCAGGAGAUACAACAGCAGGAGUACAAGCAGCAGAAUUACAGCAACCAGGAGUGGGUACCAGGGAGGUGCGAAUAG